CAGAAAGCGGGUACAGCUCGCAUCGCAGGCGAAAAAGCGAAAAAAAACGUUGAAGACACGAACUCUUGUGUGUCGGGCAUAACUCUGAAAGUGGCGGAAUAGGGCUCCAAGUGUGUGUUAAAAUAAUCACAAGCCAUUAAAUAUCGCUCGCAUGUCCCAACACCAUCCACAAAACCUCAAAAUAACCAACAACUCGAAAUCACCACGAGUAAAUCGUACCGGGAGUGCAGUAAAUACGCAAUAAUGUCGGUUGAAUCGCUUACCGACUCGGAGCUUCGUACGAAACUCGCCGAGUACGGUUAUCCCGUUGGACCGGUGACCCAGACCACCAGGAAGAUACUCGUCAAGAAGCUGAAAAAUCUCAUUGAUUCGCGUGGUGGCUCUGGCCCUCGUCACUCAUUAGCAGCGAGAUACAGCAGUGAUGACACUGACGAUGACAUUGCAGCAACGACGAAUAAAAAGAAGAAAGCAGCGUCGAGCAAUCGUAGGCAAACGAUGGCGAAUCCAAUGCCUCCACCAGCCUCAGCACCACCUCCAGUGGCCACGAGUGCCUCCAGGAGUCCCUCGAAACGUCGUGCUGGCUCGAGGAACUCCGAGUCCAAGGAGGCCUCCGAUUACGAGGAUGCGACAGUGAAUUCAACGAGUCGUACCACCAAGAGUGUCCAGAAGAAGAAAUCGUACAAGCUCUCGACAGUCAACGAUGGCUUGGAGACUGGCUCUGACUCGGAUAUUCCGGAGGAGCCAGAGAAGCGUUUUCCAACGAAAUUUGGAACAGAGAGCACCAAGACUUACGACUCUCGUAAGGAUAGAAACUCAGCUGAGGUCGAGACUACUGGCAAGACUUAUGAGAGCAGAACCAGGGGCUCCAAUCUACUCAGGGAGGAGAAGUACACAGUGCCACCUUUCAAGCCCAAUAUCUCACCCAUUGCACCGGUCAAGGAUGAUCCGCCCUAUAAGAAGGAUGAUCUCAAUGUCAAUGAUAUUCUGGCUAACUACGAGAGCCCUUAUCUCUCGGAAUUCACGAGGAGACUCAGCACUCAGGCCAGCAGCAGCGUACCUUCUCGAUCUAAUUUUAAGAGUUCGAUGCUACGUCAUACAACUCAAUUACGCCCAGACACCAAGGAAACUGAUACCAAUGGACAUUUUUCAACUCUACGAUCAUCGUACACUGCAACAAACUCCAGAUACGUUUCGUCUUCGAAUGACAGGCCACGAGACGUGGUGACCAGAUCGUACAAAGCGCCAGUAACAAAACAGGAAGAGGGUAGAAAUAAUCAGAACAUGGUGUCAAUGGUAUUAGUCAUAGGACUGGCUCUCUUCUUCGGUGUUUUGGCUAUUGUUUACCUCGGUCUAGGUGGAAAAACCGAGGUUGUACCUUCUCUACCCAUGGACAGUGAAGUUCCACUUUGUUCGCAUUCUGAUCACGAUAAACCCGGUGUUAACUGCUUACUCCAAGAAGAUGUGGAGACUGUGAUGCAAUUAUUGAAACGACUCAGACCAAUAUUGAUGAAGAGAGCUGUUGCUGCUGCCUGUGAGGACACCAGUGACGCGCCCUACAUCACUGAUUCUGAGGUCAUAAAUAUGUUGAAGAGUAACAAAGUCAAAGAGUUUGAAAUCACUGGUGAUCUCCACAACGCCCAGUUACUGAUCUUUGAGAAUCCAAAAUGGGGGAUUUCACUCAUCGAAGUCGAUGAAGGAACUGACAUAUCCGAACAUAUUCUAGAUUCAAUGGAAAAAGUGUUUCAAACUCGUUUGGAAGGAAAAGUGGGGAUGGUAAUGCUGAAUCCAGAAUUACCAGUUAAAUGUUUGAUAAAACAGAAGGUCUUCACAGUUCUAUCGAGUCUAUUUAUCUGUGCCAUCGGAGUCGCAACAGUUCUGGGACUCCACAAAGCAGUUCAAUGGUACAUAAAAUACAAAAAAUCAGCAGAGAGAGAGGUAUUCCACCUGGUGAGUGAGAUAAUAAGCAUGGUGGAGAGUCAUCACCAGACAGCAGCAACAGCCAGCCCGGGAGGUACUCAGGAGAGUUACCUAGCUAUAAACCACGUGAGGGACAAUCUCAUACCACCCAAGGACCGCCGGAAGAUGGCAGGAACUUGGGAGAAGGCAGUGAAGUUCCUCGACGAGAAUGAAUCGAGGAUUCGUCGGGAGGUGCAACAGGUCGCGGGAGAGGAGUUCCAUGUCUGGAGAUGGCUGCCAAAGCUGAGUACGUCUAAUACAUCAUCGCCAGCGGGAAGCAAGAAGAAUAAAGUCUGGCAAGGACAGGCGUUCGAGACUAUGGAGGGAUCUGUUAACAGUCCAGCAUUUUCACCUACUCCCUGUCUUAAGAUUCGUCACAUGUUCGAUCCUGAUGUGGAGUUUGAAGAUGACUGGGAAGUCAAAGUACAGGAUGCAAUCUUGGAGAAGUGCGGUGAGGGUGUAAAAAUUCUUCACAUUAGAGUUGAUCGUGGCAGUCGUGAGGGCUGUGUCUACAUGAAAUGCCUGACCCAUGAUGAUGCUGGCAAGGCAUACAGAGCUCUUCACGGUUGUUGGUUUGAUGGUCACUUAGUAACAGUCAAAUACCUCCGAUUGGAGAGAUACCACGAGCGUUUUCCCGACGCAGUACGAUGCACUCAGCCCCUGAAGCCGAGUAAUAACCAGCGACUCUCGAUGCAGGCGAAUUCCUGGCAAACACAGAGCCCACUUGAAGCGAAUUAACCACUCAGGUCGCCCCAACUCAAGAUUAAAAUGAGAGAAAUCCAAGAUUAUCAACGUUUUUUCAUGCACUCGAAGAAACGAAAAAUUAUUGUCCUAAAAAAUGUACAGUAGCAUUAUUCAUCGAGUGGACAGAAGAAAAUUAAGAAGAAAAAAACUGAAUUAUGAGGGGAUGGACUCUGAAGCAUAGAGUGAUGGAUAUUUUUAUUUUUCAUACGUCAGUGCCCCAUUAACAUUACUUAAUGAUUAUAAGAUUGUCCAGGAGUUUAAUGACUCGUGAAAAAAUUCCGGUUUAACCGGUUAACUAAGAAAAGUAUAUAGUUAUUACUAAAUGAUAAAAAACUGUUUAAUCUUAAAAAAAAUGUACAGUCAAAUUGUUUGCCUCUAGAUUUAUCGACUCGUGUUGCUAUUGGUCUCACAGUUUCUAUUAUUAACAUUAAUUUUAUUACCUCUUCUGUCCCUAAUUAAAAAUAAAAAUAAUUGUGUUGUUAAUUUCGACAUUCGGCUCUCAACGCUUACUUAAACUAUUAUUUUAUAAUCAAAAGACGAUAAAACCAGAUUAUAUGUUCACCGUUUCAAAUCCAUUGACUUCAUACUUUCACUUCGAAUCGUAGAAACAUAGAAUUCGAUAAUUUAACUGUUCUUCAAAAAGUAAAUGUACCUGUGAUUUUGAGAGAGAAAAAAAAAUAAAUUAAUCACCCACUCAUGCGCCUUAGGUACACCCCAUUUUUUUAAUUUUAUAUGUGAAAAAUGAGCGUUUUUACGCACGUAAUUGUCGUCGAGGAAUACAAAUGACAAUGAGUGAAUAAAGGGCUGCAGAAUGUUGCAUUAUUGUAAUAAAAUGAAAAUUGAGCGAAUUAAAUGAGUUUAACGAGUCAAA